CGGAGAGCGACCGCAGUGUACACCAUCUCCACGUUUUGGUAAAGGAGGCGGCGUCGUUGCCGGAGUACACGAGUUGUACAUCGCCGAGUUGAUCGUGCGACGAUCAGCUGGAGAACCUCAGCUCGUCGUGGACCCUUUCAUUUUAUCUCCCCCUAUCCACCCCUCCGCCGUCGCCACCCUCUUCGCUAUCUCGUCGGUCCGCGAUUCCGGAGAGGGAAUUUGCGAUACGCGAGACCUGGUUAAUACCGCACCGAGGAUUUUCGGAUUCGAAUUUUUCCGUCGGUGGGAGAGGACGCGUCGCCGUUGCCGCCAGCCGCUCGACGAACCGCUCGCGACGUGAUUUUCUUCCCGCGGCUGGCCCGCCGUCUGUUCGCGUCCACUCCGCUCCGAAGUGACGCGGCCCUUUCUCCUUGAUGUGUACGACGACGACGACGAGGCGGAGGACGGUCGGUAGUCACGCGGACGACACUCUCGCCGGCGGUACCAGCGUUUUGGAGUCGAGUGACACCUAGCACGAGGAGCGUUCGUCGUGCGGGGACAACGAGGGGUGGCGAGUUCGGAACGACGACACUUCCCCCGCGUAUCGGUGGUGAUGUUUAUUGAUGUUUUGCUCGUAACGUUGGUGGUUUAAUUGUAACGCGAGUAUACUGACCACGCGCGACCGUCGCAGAGCUCUCUGACCGUGAGCUCACGAUUUAGUGCUGUUCUCUCCGUUCUACGUUCCAAGACACGAGAUUUGUUCCAUCGUGGGUGUCCGUCCCACGAAUUGACUCGACAUUUAUUCGCAGGCCAGUCAGUUCAAAGGAGAUCGAGGACACGUGGAGUUGAAUCGGAUCGCUCUUAGCUCACGUGGUCGGUCGGGGAUGCGUACCGGCGGCGCUCGUGGUCGCAACCCUCUCGCGUACGUUCCGCGCGCGUAGUUUAGACUUAUCGUGAGUGAUCGUAUAUAGCGAAUAAGUGGAUUUUCUUCUUGCGCUCUCUCACUCAGUGAGCUCCAGUACUCCGUUAUUCAUGGUGCCUCUGGGCACGCUCGGCGUUAAUCUGUACGUGAACGUGAACGGUACUCGGUAAGUGUUUGCUGCAUUGUGAGGACAGGCGUUUCGUUUUUUUUUGUGCGCGACGACGACACGUGUUCGCCCCCGCCCCGUUCCGCUGUCGAUAAACGAAGUGUACAUGUCGCGAACAGAAGGAGAGGGAUGACGACGCUCGACCAUCGCGAUUCCGUCGAAGGGGACAACGUGGACUCGUGAAAGAACGACGUAUAUACGCGCGUACUGUGUGACCGAACGAGAGACGAGAGAACACGGCGGUUCACUCGUGGCUUGCGACACUUCGUGGGACUUCCGAGAUCCGCAAGCACGCGGAAUCAAACCAGGCAGCGUGGAGCGCUCGGCGAUUGUGUGGCCGCGCGCCGCGGACCUUUAUCUCUAUCAGCCAGGCUGUGCAUUCCUCACCUACUACAGCCGUGACAGCGCAAUCAGCGCCCAGAACGCUCUGCAUGAGAAGCGGACUUUACCAGGGAUGAACCGUCCUAUUCAAGUGAAGCCAGCGGACAGUGAAAACCGCGGAGACAGAAAGCUGUUCGUUGGUAUGUUAAGCAAGCAACAAACUGAAGACGAUGUGCGACAGCUGUUUACUACCUUCGGUUCAAUAGAGGAGUGCACCAUCCUCCGUGGACCCGACGGAAGCAGCAGAGGCUGUGCCUUCGUGAAACUUUCGUCGCAUCAAGAAGCACUGGCAGCAAUAAACUCUCUACACGGUAGCCAAACUAUGCCGGGUGCGUCAUCCAGCAUAGUGGUAAAAUUCGCAGACACUGAUAAAGAGAGACAAAUAAGACGCAUGCAGCAAAUGGCCGGGAACAUGAGCAUCCUUAACCCCUUCUUCAAUCAUUUCGGCGCUUACAACGCUUACGCUCAGCAGCAAGCGGCGCUUAUGGCAGCAGCGACUGCACAAGGAACAUAUAUAAAUCCAAUGACCGCGUUGGCAGCUGGACAAUUGCCGCAUACAUUGAACGGCAUGCCAAAUCCCGUGGUCCCACCAACCUCUGGUUUGCUCGUAGGUACCGGCACAGGGCAACCGGUUAACGGAGCACUACCGUCGUUACCGUCGCCGACGAUGCCCAAUUUUAACAUGGCCGCUCAAACGCCGAACGGCCAGCCGGCAGGCUCGGAUCCAGGUGUCUACACCAACGGAAUACCGCAGACUUAUGCGGGACAUGCCCUCCAUCUGUCCAUUCCAGCGCAGGGGUUGGCCAACGGGGAGGCGGCACUUCAGCAUGCCGCCGCGUAUCCUGGAAUGCAGGCUUAUGCUGGAGUGGCCGCUUACCCCGCCGUCUACGGCCAGUUUCCUCAGGCUAUUCCUCAGCCGAUGACCGCGGUGGCACCCACGCAGAGGGAAGGAUGCUCUAUCUCAGGACCCGAGGGCUGCAACCUGUUCAUCUACCACCUGCCCCAGGAGUUCGGUGACGGCGAGCUCAUGCAGAUGUUCCUCCCGUUUGGCAACGUCAUCUCCUCCAAAGUCUUCAUCGACCGGGCGACCAACCAGAGUAAAUGCUUUGGUUUCGUGUCGUUCGAUAAUCCAGCGAGCGCGCAAGCAGCGAUCCAAGCGAUGAACGGCUUCCAAAUAGGGAUGAAACGAUUAAAAGUCCAAUUGAAGAGGCCCAAGGACGCCAGCCGGCCAUACUAACCCACGUCCUAGCCUAGAAAAUCUGGACGAGGCGCGCGCUAUGUCGUAACUCUUACAGGAUGUCGUCCGAGAACGUGAACUCGAUGGACGCUCGACGAUCAGGAGUGACGAGUUGAAUCACCGUUACAACGCUCUCCGCCGUAACAACUUAGUAUACUAGCUAGUUAAUUCAUUAGAGGGUAAAAAUUUAGAGGUCAGUAGGACAGCAACGACUUCAACGUCAUUGAAGUUCGUGCGGCGGCGGCGAAGAGGCUGAAGCGAUUGCGAUGAAGGAUGUUCUGCGCUGAACCCAGUCCGAAGAAGAAGAAGAAGAAGAAGAAGAAGAAGAAGAAGAAGAAGAAGAAAACCGAAGAGAGAAGAGGACGAGGCACGCUGAGACGACGUUUCCCAGAUGUUCGGAGAUAACCCGGAAUAUCCGUCGAUAGGCAACAUCGGGCUUUUCCCUGUCUCUCCUUUUUCGUUCACACCCUCGCACUAUAAAAAUCUGCAUGUUUCUUUCUGUCCUCCGCGAGUCUAGCCUCUGGUCCCCCCUACUGCCAGGUGAGAGAUUACGUUCGAAACUUGAGAACGAGGGCGCGAAUGGACAUGUGAGCGUGCAGCCGUAACCUGUCGCGAUCAACAUUUCCGAGGAUCCGGAGAGGAUCCGUCGGGAGUACCGGAAGUAUUAAAAACCGAUCAUCGUCGUCCGGAUGUGCACACACGGGACGACGGCACCGCGCAGCCACAGUUACACGCGCGCGAGUUCACGACAUCGCGCCGCGACGAUCGUCCAGCAUCAAACUGACAAUAGCUAAUCGCGAAAUAUUAUCCCGUCGAUAAAAACGCCUCCCCUUAGGAGUCUCGUCGUGUUCGUUCGCCAGUCCGACGAUUCCAGCGGAAAAGCGCGGAAGAGAUGCUAGACGGCAGAGGGAAACUUGCCGAAACACGUACACACAUCCGGUACUCAUGCACAUCUGAUUGAUCCUCGACAAGGACCCUUGAACGAGGGCCGGAUCCGUCGUGUGUCCGUUGGCUCGACGACAGAACGGCCCGACGAUCGCCGUACAAGUACGAGAAGAAUCUUUUGUACCCGCACGCAGCGAACGAUUAACAGUCGUCGCGACGAAGACCCACGCGCGCGUCACCCUCGACGACGACGACGACGACGGGACGGAUAAAAUAAUCCCUGCGCGAAUGAUGAAAGUAGGAUAAAAAAAAACGCAGGCUCGUCCCCCGAAGAAACGCGGACGAGGUCCGAUAUCUCUCUCCCAAAAAGACAAAUGUCAAUCAUAUGCUAUACAGGGUGCUCGUCUGACGAAACGCGUCUGAAAACUUUGAAAAAAAAGAAAAAGACAAAAAAUACAAAAAAAAAAGAGAAAAACGAGGAAUCAAGCGGCGAACAUGGGCUCAGCGCCGGUCCGACAUCCCAACCGCGGAUAUCGGGUUCUCCUUAACGUUUAAGAUUUAAACACGUACGACGCGCUGUAGAUUUUAUAUACUGCAGAUAGAGGAAAGUGAGAGAGUGAAAGAGAGUGUGCGUGGAAGAGGAGUUUGCGCGCGUCGUGCUGCGCGUCGAGGAGGAAGCGAGGGAAGUCUUGUCCCUACUCGCGCGCGCUCGCACGGUGCUCGUCCUCCGCGACUAAUAGCUCUUAUUACUACUUAUGGUUAUGGUGAUUAUCAUUGUAAUUAUUGCUAAGUAAGUGACACGCGAGUUUCCGGCCGAAAGUAUAAUCUACUCCGUUGUGGUUCCUGCGUGAACAUCGAGAGAAAGAGAGAGAGAGAAAGAGAGAAAGAGAGAGAGAAAGAGAGAGUGAGAAAGAGAGGAAUCGCGUGUGAGGGCGCGAUUGCCCCGCCCGUCCCGCCAUCGAUCCCGCGGUUCGGUCCGAUUUAUUUGGAUCGACGAUCGACCUUGCCUGAUCGGUCAAGCAUCGCCCGAGAAAUGUCAACCAGGCUGUGAUUGUCCAGACGAUGACGAUGUCGCCAAUGGUAGUUCUCUUUAAGUUUUUGAUUAGUGAUGACGCUACUUUCUGUUGUUGUUGAAGUAGGAAAAGAGUAGGGAGAAACGAAGAAAACCAAAGAAAAUGAUGUAGAGAAUAGUAACAUUGUGUAAAAUGCAAUAUUUAUCCUAGAAUCGCUUAUCGGCUUUCUUUAGGCUGCGAUACAGACAGGGAAACAAACAGCUAUUAGGGAAUAAUAUUUUUUACGUUUAUUUUUUAAGUGUAAAAAAAUAAUUGAGUUUAGUAGGGGUCUGAUUAUCGUGCAAUGAUUUAAUUGAUUUAUACUCCUAGACGUUGGCCGGGACUCUAAAAAUGAUAGAUUUGAACGUAUCUGUUGCGAGAGAAGAGAACCGCGCGCUGCCGGGUGCAAGUUCGGUAUGCCCAAUCGUGUCGAUCAAUCAUGUGUGUUCAUGCGGAAUUCCUGUGACUGAAAUAGACAAAACAUUGAACAUUUCGCGUGCGAUGCCCGGUUGGAUACGAGCAGAGAGUUUCGAGCGAGUUCGCGAAAGAAAGCCAAA